AUUUGUUAUAAUAUUGUCAUGAUAGUAUUAGAGACUUGAUAGUAGACAGGGAAAGGUCAGGAUAGUGAGAGAAACUCCGCAAAAUACAUUGUUUGAUUCCAAGAAAAGAAUGAUUAUGAAGUUUACUUCGCAUAAAAAGGGAUUUCCAUAAGUCAUUUGUCUCGUGUCCCGUACGAGCAGCUACUAACAUUUCUAAGCUCGUCUUAACGGAAUGUGGAACGCAGAAAGAACUACACAGAUCCCUAUUCCAAUAAAAGAGUUAAACACAGAAGGGUGCCGUUGUCUCGUUUUGAUCAGCGAAUUACAAAAAUCCUAAUAAUGAAGGUUUUUUUUAAUACAAACUGAGAAACAGAUAUCAAAGAAAGCGGCGCGAAUAUAAGCCUAGUAUAAUGCGUUUUGCCUUGUAGUUUACGCUUGGACCCCUCCAAAAAUAAUUCUUAACCAGAAAUCUAUCGGAGCAAAACCUGGUUUGUACCCUACGUACUUUGCGUCACACAUUUUGAAAUUCACAUUUCCUAACGGAAUUCACGAUAAAAUUCCGCAUUCCCCUUACUUCGAUUGCUUUGUUGGACUACUAGACACACUGACAAAAGUCAUAUACGUUGACAGAUAAAGCACACGUUUCCUCACCCCACACUUAGAGAUUACGACAGCCUAUGUGUUGGGCAGGAAUGUUCUCAUUACUAGAAACCAGGGUGCCCAACGUCGAGAUGGUACGCGAGACGUACCAUCUCUGCGCGAUCCAGAGCUCGUUGCUAAGGAGCUUAGGAGCUGGGGCUCGUUAUAACGUUGUAUUAUGAACCAUUAUUAAUGCAAGUUCAUGCAAAUGAAGAUUCGACAAUCGACUUUGUUUGUGUAUACACAGGUAGCCCAAGCUCGGUCAAUGAGUGAUUUGAAUCGACCGGCUCAUUGACCGAGAGGACUUAUGGUGUUGUUACUUUAUGCUAGUAUUCUUAAAAUGUAAUAAAUUCACUCCAGCGUGAUGUAGUACUUGUAGUCGUCUAUUGUUUCCACGUUUAAAAGAUUGCUGCAUAAAGGAAUAAUCCCUGGGGGAUUAACUUUAUAACUUAUUAUUAUUAUUGAAUAAAACAGAAGGAGCUUCACAUUCUUUUAUCAUUUGAGCAGUAAAAUACGAGCCAAAAAAUCUUUUCAAUAUGGCCACUAAUUGGCAAAUGAUAAGGAAAGCGGUCGGCUCGAUUAUAAUGUUUAUAAUGUUCCAUGUUUCUAAUACGGAGAUAUGCACCAAGUCGAUUUGCGAGUACGAGUUUGUUGUGCGGGAGACGAAGACCAUGAUGUACUCCUCGGACGCUAAUAAUGCGUACCAAGUGAAACUCGAAGACGACGGUUCCUUGUCUCUACUUGCCACUCCACAUGGCUUUCACAGAACGGUACCAAACAUUAGUAUUCCUUUGGACAAGGUGCACACUGUUGACGGCAUCAAUAGAACAAUCAUCACUAUCAACGACCAGUUCCCAGGUCCGACUAUUGAGGUCACUGAAGGGGCCGAGGUUGUAGUGACAGUCGUCAAUCACCUGUUAAAAGAAGGCGUGACUAUUCACUGGCAUGGAGUGCACAUGCGCAGUAACCCAUGGAUGGAUGGAGUCGCGUACAUAAGCCAGUGUCCAAUCCAGGUCAAGCAAUCUUUCCAGUAUCGAUUUAUCGCUGACCCGCCGGGGACGCAUUGGUAUCAUUCGCACUUUGAGCUCCAGAAAUCUGACGGGCUUUACGGUGCACUGAUCAUUCACAGGUCGCUGCCCCGCCUGCCGUAUCACGUCAUCACUUUGAGUGACUGGUUUCCAUGGCACUCCACUGAAAUAGAGAUUUCAAACCCACUGCGAAUAACACGGAAAGGAUAUGGGGAUAUCUUCUAUGCCAAUGAGAAACUUAGUUAUAUGUUUGACUGGACGAUUGAAAACCACUUGCACUAUUGGUCGGGUUUAGUGAAUGGAAAAGGUCGCCAUGGCAACAACACUGCACCGCUCAGCAUCUUCAGGGUCAAACCGGGAUCAACAUACCAACUGCACGUGAUCAACACGGGACUCGUCUAUCCGUACAGAUUUGCCAUAGACCAGCAUCAGCUGACAGUGGUUGAAAGUGAUGGCCAUCGCGUCAAACCCGUCACUGUAGAUUCUGCGAUUAUCUUAAACGGCGAGUCCUACGUGUUCGAGUUCAAAGCAAAGACAAAGCCCACACACACUCGCUACUGGAUGAGGGGAGUGAACUUCCGGACGGGCGUUGGACCAGGUGCUCCCCCAGAUGGCUGGGUUUGGGACGCGAGGGCCGUACUCCAGUAUGAAUCAGAAGACAGUCGGGAGGACCCGAUGACGGAAGAAAAAUUAUGUAGCGAAGAGUUCCCCUGUGUGGUACUAAACUGUCCGUGGAGAAUCUACAGCAAGGUCUGGUUUCCACACCACACCUGUAUCCCCGUAUCAGACCUACGCUUGGACAAAACAUACUACGAUCCCGAGGUCAUUGACAAUCAGCCCGAGCGCAACGACGACGUGCACGAGGUCUUUCUCAAUUUUGGCUUCCCAAUUGGCUCCUCUGUCAACGCGCGAAGGUUCAUUAGUCCCCGGGCCCCGCUCUUCCAAGACCCUGACACGUGGGGACUCACGGACUGCGCGAAGGCGUGUUCGGACGAAGGCUGUUGGUGCACCCACGUGGUUGAACUCCCACCAGGGAAGACAAUCCAUCUAGUGCUGAACUCCUACAACAAUGCAAAAUCAGCCGUCCACGUCCAUGGCCACAGCUUUCAGGUGUUGAAGAUCGGCUACCCCAUGCAGAACGAGACGACCGGUCAAAUCUUGGGCAUCAAUCCCGACAUCACUUGCGACAACGACUUCUGUAGCCGACAGAGAUGGUCCGCGGGGCAGCCCAAGGAUCUCAAUUUCGACAACCCCCCUCUAAAGGACACGGUGGUUGUCCCAUCGUUCGGUUACACGGUCGUGAGACUCAGUAAAGAGAAUCCAGGCUAUUGGUUCGUUCAUUGUCACGUGGGAAAUCACAUGACCGAGGGUAUGGCGCUGAUACUGAAUGAGUCGUUUGCCAAGCAACCUCCCGCCCCGCCUGCAUUCCCUACUUGUCAGCAGUUCUCUCUCGGGCAGAGUGCCUUCCAGGAUAUGCUAAAAAGCAAUGAAAAGUGUCUUGAUGGAGGUUGUACUGCGCAUGCCCCUCUUGUCACCAAGACGAGGAAUGACGAGUAUUGUGAGGUCCUGGUGGGUCACGUGACCGCUAUCCUUGUUGUCCUCAUUCUAUUGGUUGUGCUGAUGCUAGUGGUAACUGUCGUCUGCAUCUGUUUACUUGUCAAACAGAGAAAGGGAAGUGACAGUGCAGUCAUCUUUAGUUCUUCAAAAGGAGUACAUUUGUGACUUUAUAAUUUUCUUCACAAUAUGACUUAUCUAAAGGUACUAAUACGAGCAAAAAAUCAUUCAAAAUUGUUUCGCAACACAAACGGUGCAAGCUGAAUAAGUUUGUUUCAGAAAGUAGAAGGUCGUUCUACCUUAUUCAACAAAGCUUGUGAAUGUUGCGCGUACUACCACAAAGAACCAGGUUUUCUCAUAGCAAAAUGACGUCAACACAACUCAAGCCACACUGACGCUUGUGAUUGGUUGAGACAAGUUGGAUGGUAUUGUUGCUGGUAUUACCGUACCUUAAGCUAAAUAACCGCCUCUUUCAUAACUAUGCAUAAUACUCAAGGUACUUUUCGUAAUCAUUCGCCAAUCAAAAGUUAGGCAUUCUGUCAGGGAACAUCCUAAAUGUUGCACAUUUUUAGGAAUUUGUGUGUGUGAAUCAGAAAGCAAAUUCCAUAACAGAAAAAAAAAAAGAACCUCCAUAUUAUGGAGGAAGUCUCCCUCUCCACGCUUUCAACGAAAAGUUACAUCCGCUCUUUCAACGAGAGAACAGACAAACUUGCCAAGUCUAAAAUAUUUGAAUUUUACACGUAGACCUCGAGUUUGAAAAUGCUAUUAUUUUCCUGAAUUAUCCGUUUCUUUGUCAAAUGUAACUAUUGUAUAUUUUGCUUUUACUGAGUUGGUUAAGUGAUCGAAUGCGAAUUACUAAUUGAAUAGCAGUCAAACAGCGAAUUCUUCAGUCAAGGUCACUGGGGCAACCAACACGAGUGAACAAAAAUAAUCUUUUGAGCACGGGCUUUCGGAUAGUUUCACAAAUAUAUUUAGUAAUGUCUUUUUUGUCUUAAAUAAAAAUAUUCCCACCUCAACUGGUUGUAUUUGCCCUGUUUUUGCUCAAGGUACAGUAAUACGAGCAACAAAACCAUCCAAAGUCUUGCAACAAAACUAUUUGAAUGUUGUGGGUGUUACUAUAAUGAAUCAACUUUUCUUGUAUCAAAAUGACGUCACAUCUCAAGCCACACGUCUGACGCUUGAUUGGUUGAAAGGGCAACAAGUUAGAUAAUUCUUUUGCUCGUAAUACCGUACCCUUAAGGCCGAUUUAGACGAUACGAUUUUGCCUAUAACAAUCGCAUGCGAAACGCUUGCGUCAGCAUAAAACUCAAGACGCAAAGUCUAAAUCAGCUCUACAACUCCGCUACGACAAGAGCUUACGACACGAACAAGUUGUAGAACUUUUGAAUCAUGUUUCAAAACUCUACGACUUUGUGCCCAUAUUUGGUAAAAUAACAGAAGCAUUGAGGCGAAUCUUUCUUUCAGGGGGAGAGACGGGAGGCGAUGACUGUUUUAGUUCGUAAAUAUGGCGGAAAUCCAUACCCCAUACGAAGAUAUCGUCGGCGUGGAUCUUUGGCCAUACGUUGCUCCUCUAAGAUUAAACAAUAUGACCCAUUCUGUCAGCCGUUCCUUCUCUCUGACCCUUCUUCGUCUUUUUCCAUUUGUUUUUAUUACGGCGUAAAAUUGCAGCAGCAAUUGCUGCAGCUGCAAAAGUGCGACGGUCCGCCAUGGUUUUUUUGUUGUUGGCCCCAGUCCUCGACGAGUAAAAAGUGCAAAAGUCGUACGCGAUUUCCUUGAGACGUAAGCGAAAAGUGUCUAAAUCAGAGCUAAGUCAUGUCGCAUGCGAUGGUUGUAGGAAAAAAUCGUAGCGUCUUAAUCGGCCUUUAUUAAAGCUUUCGCGAUGACAAAGCACUUUUCAAACUUGUUAAAAAAGCAAAAA